AUGACGAUGUACGUGCUGAGUCUAGCGUUUUUCAUCGCGUGCGUCUAUUGUCAAAGAAAUAGAGUGGAUCUCAAUUUCGAAGACGGGCGUCUAGAUGCAGGAUGGAGACGUCGCUUAAGCGGUGGCAGGAGUUUGGGGGUUACAGGUCAUGUGGAUAGAGAAGGGAACUGGGGAAUUGGGGCUUCAUUUACGUUCGGUCGUAAAAGGAGAAGUGCUGAGCAGAUGAAGCUCUUCACUCUAAGUUUGGAAGUGGAUAAGUGCAACUUCAAUCUGUAUGAUGUCGACAGAGACGAUUUGAUAACAAAGGAGGAGCUGGUAGCGGUGUUUGGAGACAACAAGAACACUACGGAAUUGUUUGAGGCACUUGAUAUGUUAUCAGGUGAUGGGACGGUUAACAGGGAAGAGUUCCUCUAUGUGAUGCAUAGAACAGUUGAAGGAUGUUGAACUGCUGUUGCUGUAUUCGUCCUUACAGAGUCUUACAUUGGUUGUACAAAUGUUAAGGCACACUUGAAGUAAUAUUGAAACAAAAACGCGAUUUUUUUGACGAUUUUAAAUUUUGAUAUUCGAGAAACCAAAAGAGUACACCGAUUUAAAAUU